GUAAAUGUGACCAACAGUGGAACGAAGAACAAUUUGAGAACGCACUACGUCAAGCAGUGCAUUGAUUCAAUUGUGAACACUGCGAUUUUAAGAGAACAAGAUCACAGCAGGAAGAUCUUGCAGGCGGACGCUACCGGUUGUUUUAUUGUCGGGAAGGACUGCACACCGAUGAGACUGUGGCAGUAUGCUGAUGCCAGCGGUAAACUGCGCUAUUCCUUAAUACCGGCGUCAAACAACGUUGAUAAGAUUGAGGAAGAUGUACUUAAUGUAACCUCGAUUAAAGUCGAAGAACCUGAAGAUCAAUCGAACGGUCAGACAACCAACAGCUGCAGUGCCACUGCUUACGUGGACUCCUUGACUCAUUUGCACAAGAUAAAUAUCGAUGGUUACGCGUGCGACAGAUGCGGUAUGAAAUUUCCCCUGCGCAGCAUGCUGAACCGCCAUAAAAUAACGAGUAACGUACGUUCAUGGCUUCGCGGAAGAUACUCGAAAGCGAAGCACUCACAGUGUCUGAGCAUAAACGCUCGAAGACGAGCAAGACGAUUGAAAAUACGAAAAAUACAUUCGGAGAUAAGAAAGUACGCCUGCGUGUUUUGUAACUUCCGUUUCAACAGGUUGACGACUCUGCACGCACACGUGAAAGAAAAACAUAGAAGUUCGAAUGUGACGAGUCCGAAGCAGUUUAAUUGUAUGAUCUGCGGUUACGAGUGCUCGAGCGAAACGUAUCUAAACAGGCAUGUGCGCAAGCACAGAAAGAAGAAUACGACGAGCUUCGCUUGCGACAUGUGCAGCUUCGAAUGUAAAAGAAGUACCACUUUGGCGUCCCACUUGGCACGGAAUCACAAGAAGGCGAAGAAAGAACCAGCCAAGUGUGCGAAGAAGAGACGCAGGAUAACAAAGUGCAAUUUUGGUGAAUCUCCUAAGCGGACGACGUUGAUCUCGUACGAAAAUGAUCCGAAUUUGGUGAUCAAAGAAGAAGUCUGCACGGAAGACUGCAGCGAGGCCGCGGCUGCGGUCGCCGCUGAUGUCCCUAAAAGAGCCAACCAGAAGAAUGCCGGUGAACGUUGCGAUCUCUGCGACUUCACGUGUACGAAGAAGAGCACGUUGUACUCGCAUAAGCGCCGGCACAAAGUAGAGGACGUCGGCGAGGUGUACGCGUGCAACGAGUGCGGCUUUAAGACCAGCAAGAAAUCGUCGUUGUACUCGCAUAUUAAGCGGAAACACCGGGAGCCGCGAGCGUGCAGCGGCGACGCCCAGCCGGAGCUGUUCUACUGCAGCCAGUGCGACUACAAGAACAAGAACAAGUAUGAACUGAAGAUACACGUCGCGCGUAAACACUCGGACGACUUUAAGUUCUCCUGUGAGACCUGCGGCAAGAAGUUCAAGGUGAAGGGCGACUUGACGAAUCACAUACGCUUCAGCCACCGGGAACAGCCGGUCAUCUGCGACGUCUGCGGCAAAACCUGCCUCAACAGCAACUCCCUGUACGUGCACCAGAAAUUCGCGCAUUACAAGGCGAAGUACGAGUGCCAGAUAUGCAAGAGGCGGAUGGUCAGCCAGGAAAAUCUCAACGAGCACAUGCUCAGGCAACAUGAGCGUCGGGAGAACGUUGUGUGCGAGGAGUGCGGCAAGACAUUUUCGCGAAAUAGCAGGCUGAAGGUGCACAUGAGGAUCCACACCGGUGAUAAACCGUACAACUGUACCGUCUGCAGCAAAUCAUUCGCUCGCAGAACCGCUCUCAAGCAGCACCUGUUGAUUCACACGGGCAUGAGGCCGUACGUGUGUGAUAUCUGCGGCAAGGCCUUCACUCAGAAGCCGGGCCUGAUCAGUCACAGAAAGUCACAUCCCGGCUCUCACCCACCUCUGCCGCGAGUCCUCAUCGACCACAUCUUGAAUGACGUUAUGAACGCUUGACCUGACUGAUCGAAGUAGAAUUGAAUUUUGACGAACGAUUGCAAAAGAUAAAUUGCAUCGACAGUGACAAAAAUUGCUUGUGUAAUUAACAUCUCUAUACUCUCAUUUGUACGUAAAUAAUUAUUCAUCCAUGUUAAACGAGUUUUUUUAGUGAUAUCUAGACAUAGUGAUAUCUAUAUUGCAAUCUGUCAUGAAAUGAUUUAAGAUGUAGAUAUUAUUUAUAGGGUGAAUCUUAAUUGCCAUAAAAAAAAUAUAAAACAAAUGUGCGUACAAAAUGGAUAUCUGGUCUUAUAUCUUUUUAUAAAACUGUUAAUUUGUCUCAUUGUGCAUUAUAUUAUUGACUAUCGAAUUUGUUUAUUUUAUUGUGUUAUUAAAAAAAGAGUUGUUAAAAUUGUUACACAAUUUAAAGAUUGGCAAAAGUGAAGAAACUUAUUUUAGUAUACUAUACAAUGUUUAUAAGGUAAUUAACAAUUGAAAUUUCAUUAAUUUCUAGUAAUAGCUAAUUUAUCUGUUAGUUUUUGUCUCGAUUUUUAAUACGUGUGCAUAAAGUUGUAGGUUGUAAAACUGCUCGUGUUUAGAAUAAUAAUAAAACUGAGAGACAGUGCUUAGGUAAUAUUCGCAUGGAACAUAUUUUCCUAUGUAUAGUAUAUAUUGUCUCUAUACCUUAGACUUUAAUUGCUUUUUUAUAUAUGUGAUUAGUUAUAAUCAAGUGUGAUUUAGUUAUUCGAAUAUAAUAUUAUAUGGAGUCUGUAAGUUGCUACAAAAAUUUACUUAUACAGAAACGAUUGUGAUUAUCUUUAUCAUGGAUUGUAACUGUAAUGAGGUUUUAGAGAAAAUGAUUGGAGAAUGAUAUAUAAUAAUAAUUGUAAAAAAUC